AUGGACGCCCCGCCGCGAUAUAUGAAGACAAUCCUGUCGAAGGGCACACGCAAGCCUACACGCCGACGAUUUGCUGCCCCCAAGAUACCCAAGACUCCAGCCGAGAAGGCAGUCACCAAGACGAAGCGGUCCGCGCGCAACAAAGCCUUCAAGGAAGCCUUGAAGGAAGCGCAAGAAAUGGUUCUGCAGAAGGCCACCUCCAUGCGCGAGAGAUUCGGAGAUCACACCGUCGACUGGUACUUUGAGUAUAUCCUUCAACAGACGCGUAUGGAGCAGAGCAAACGCCAGCCGACCAGUUGGAACGCGUUCGUGCGAUGCACGACGCGUAAGCUAAACGAUGCCCUUCCGCCCGAUGCUCCACAUCUUAGCGCAAGCGACCGGGGACCCGAGCUCAAAGCCCUAUGGGACGCCAUCCCCAAGGAAGAACGCGCCGAGUACGCGAAGGAGAUGCUCGAGGAGCUUCGCGAGGUGCGGGAGAACCAGGACGAGGGUACUCACAACGUUCCCCUGCAGGCCUGGCACGACGCGCAUGCCGUGCUGAAGAAGUGCGAGGGCGAGCUGGACCGAGUAGCCGCGCGCACGGAUACUCGCAUCAUCCUGCUGGCUGUCCGCAGCGACACCACCCACGUCUUGUGGCCUUACAUCUAUAUGUCAACGCCCACCCUCCGUGAUUACUUCUACACCCUCUCUCGUCACACGCCGCGAGAAUUUGCGACAAAGUUAGAGGCUUGCUGCAUCUCCGGUCUUGUCGGGCUUAUUAACAACAGCAAGGAUGAGUUCGCCCUACUCAAGAAGCAGAUCGUCGACUUAGUCCUCAACAAGCUCCGUUUUGCCACGAACCACAACUGGACCCGCACCCCCUACUCCACCUUCGACACCGCGGUCACUGAGAAGUACGGCGUUGUCUACAAGGGAUAUCCCAUCAAAUUCGUCAACCCCUCGACGUUCACGAAUCUCCAAGACCUGCAGGUCACCCUCGGCGCCUGGGAGUCGGGCACUGCAAAGUUCGACAAACUCACGACUGAGGAAUGGGCACAAUGGAAGGCUGAGUUACAGGCGAAGUGUUUCGCGGAGCUCUCUGCCUCGGUAGAGAGCCCUGCCGCUCAUCCGGCCCCUUCCGAGUCCUCCGACGCCGCCAACAUGACACCACCCGCCAUCACGGCUUCCGCCCCUAUUGCCGCCCCGGCCCUCGCGCCUCUUCCUCGCGCCCCCGCUACUGCCAUGUCCCCUGCUCCCGCGGUAUACCCUACCCCGGGCCCUGCUCCCGCGGCAUACCCUGCCCCAGCCCCGGCCUCCAACGCUGGCCCUCCCAUGCAGUUCAUCAUGGCGGGGCCGAAUGGAAGAGCAGUCAAGAAGGGCCGCCCUGCUACUCAACGGAAGCGGAAGAAGGACAGCCAAGGGGCUGCCACAGCCCCCGCUGUCAACGGCUCGCAACUCCCGGUCCCCGGUACUCCAAGUGCCGGACACCUCGGCGUUCAGACGCUCAGCAACACGGCCACCGUGCUGCUCCCCGAGUCAAACGUGCAGCAGCAGCUCAGCCCCGCCUUCCACCACACCACGGCCCCUGGGACUCAACCCAACACGCUCACACUAUCCCAUCACGCUCCCUUCACGGCUCAGGAAUACACGGCUCUCGACCUCGGCCUUAUCACUCCUGCCACUCGUCAACAGAGUGGUGGUAUGGACUUAUCAAUUCCCUUGUACUCUGGAUAUGACGAUUAUAAUGUUGGUGCUUCAGUGGACCCAUCUAAUACCAAUGCUCUAUAUAUUCUUAAUGGUUUUGAUCCCUCAGUAGCUUAUAAUACGUAG